AUGGCGGACGUUGUCAUUGUGGGAUGGUUGUUCACAUUUUUAUUGAUAAAUACUUGCCAUGGUCUGGUGGACCCGGAUGACGACUCCACAAGGAGCUUCGGAUCCAUGCAGCUCCUUGAGGACCCGAAGUCUGUUCACAUUUUCAGAUAUAAAUGCCAUCAAUGCGAGUCGCCAUACUGCGACACACCCCAAGAAUGCUCCGAGGCGCUGUUCUGCUUCAAGUCGUCGGUGCGGGACUCCGACGGGUCCCUGCGGCACUCGCGGGGCUGCAGCGCGGGCCACGACCACGCGCAGUUCACCUGCCAUCACAGGCCUGAUCAGAGCGUACGCAAACGCCACGCGGGCCAACUCAACGUGACGUGCUGCAAGGGCGACCUCUGCAACACCGGAGACUUCCCACCCCUCGCUCCUCAGGACACCGCUGUGGAACCUCUGCCUGAUCAUUCAUGGAAGCUCUGGGCCGGGGUGCUGGCAGCUGUUUUGACGGUUACAGCAGCCAUUGUCGCUGUAGUGUUAUUGAGAAGGAGUCAUAGACUGCGCGUGUCCCGCGCGGCGCUGCACAAACUCGGUCCGGAUUCCAACUACUUCUCCAGCAAUGUGUACAGCCCGCAAGUCACCAGCGCUUAUUAUGAAGGUGUAGACGGGUCUCAGAAUGGGGUCCGAGCGACGCUGGCGGGCGACUCCACACUGCGGGAGUACCUGCAGGGCUCCAUGAGCUCGGGCUCCGGCUCCGGCCUGCCGCUGAUGGUCCAACGGACCCUCAGCAAGCAGGUGUCUCUGCUGGAGUGUGUUGGGAUGGGCCGCUACGGUAAAGUGUGGCGAGGCCUGUGGUAUGCCGACAGCGUGGCCGUCAAGAUAUUCUUCUCGAGGGACGAGGCCUCCUGGCAGAGGGAGACGGAGAUAUACAGCACCGUCCUGCUCAGACACACGAAUAUACUGGCGUAUAUAGGGAGCGAUAUGACCAGCAGAAAUAGUUGUACACAGUUAUGGCUGAUAACCCACUACCACCCUCUGGGCUCGCUGUACGAGCAUCUACAGAGGUCCACGUUGACGAGGCACCAGAUGAUGCUGAUAUGUCUGUCCACUGUCAACGGACUGCUGCACCUACACACAGACAUACAUGGCACACAGGGCAAACCGGCCAUUGCUCACCGGGACAUCAAAUCCAAGAACAUCCUCGUGAAAGUGAACGGCGAGUGUUGCAUCGCGGACUUCGGCCUCGCCGUCACCGCCGCGCACGUGGCCAGGCAGGAGCCCAGCGCGAGGCAGGGCACCGUGCGGUACAUGACCCCCGAGGCCCUAGACCAGAGCAUGAACCUCCAAUGCUUCGAGUCGUACCGCAAAUGCGACAUAUACGCGCUCGCCCUGGUUCUGUGGGAAGUAUGUCGCCGAGUCAGCCCGGCGCGAGAGGCCAGGGUACCGUUCUAUGAGCAUGCUCCGAGCGAUCCAUCGGUGGAACUCAUGAGGAAGAUCGUCUGUGUGGACGGGGCAAGGCCGGAGCUCCCUGACACGUUUACACACCCGACGAUGGCGGGCAUGGCACGCCUCAUGCGCGAAUGUUGGCACGCCAACGCCUCCGUGCGUCUACCGGCGCUGCGCAUCAAGAAAACUCUUCUCAAGCUGGCCGCCAACGACAACUCGAUGCACCUGGACGAGGACAGCGAGGUGUUCGUGUGAAGCGAGGCAGGUAGUCCUUAUGAUAAUAAUAGUAAAGUUACUUUUAUAAGCAACGCAGACUACAUAUUUGAAUCGGCGACAAAUAAAAAUAUGUAUGUACAUAAGUACUACAUUUAUAAGAAGAUAUACUGCAAAACGUAAUUCAAGGCCAAAAAAAGUAAAACAAUGUUGCCACUGCAAUAAUUUGUUUGUAAAAUAGCAAAUAGCUUUUGAUAAAUAAUCAUGCAUCAGCAGUGGUGGCCGGGCCGAGUGGAUAUGACGCCCGACUUUCAAUCCGGAGGUCGCGGGUUCAAAUCCCGGCUCGUAACAAAGAGUUUUUCGGAAUUUAUGUACGAAAUAUCAUUUGAUAUUUACCACUUGCUUUUCGGUGAAGGAAAACAUCGUGAGGAAACCUGCAUACAUCUGCGAAGAAAUUCAAAGGUGUAUGUGAAGUCCCCAAUCCGCAUUGGGCUAGCGUGGGGACUAUAGCCCAAGCCCUCUCGCGCAUGAGAGGAGGCCUGUGCUCAGCAGUGGGACGUAUGUAGGCUGAAAUUAUGAAAAUGAUGAUGAAAUAAUCACGCUAAGAUAAUUUAUUCAUUUGUAAUUUUACUCGUACUAUUUAAAAAAGUACUUUUAUUUACUUAUUUUUACAUAAAUACGAGACGCGCUGGUAAAAAGUGGCAACAUUUCUUACUUUUUUUUGGUCUUGAAUUACGUUUUGCAGUUUAGAAGAUUCCUAAAAUACCUGCGAUCCGCUGGGUGUUUUUUAGGUUGCCCGCCAGAUUAUCCUGGUAUAAGGUGCAUAAUCAUGCUAUCCAAAUGUCACCUUUAGGCUGCGUUUCGAACAAAGAUGUCCGUUAAGCAAAUUUAUCUUGCGGCCCAGGUCUACAAGGCAAAACCGUCUUUGUGACCCUAAUAAAAACGUUGAGUAUCGCUGUCUGAAGCCUUAUAUUAGUUAUGAUCGACAUCAAGACUCGGUUUAUUCGAGUGUUUUUCAAAGGAAUGUAAUUUAUGAAAAAUAUUAAUGACAGCUGUUUUUUUACACUAAUAUUUUCGCGCUUUAACUACGACAUAAGCUAUAUUACUUAUUAGUUUUAUAAAUUCGUAAGUACAGAUGUACAUAGUUCAUAAUUAUUUUCAAUCGUUUUUCCACGGAAACAGUACAAACGUGUCUUGCUAUUUCAGUCAGUCUCGAUACAAAAAGUACUGAGGUUGACUGAAACAGCAUGACAAAUACGAACGUUUCCGAGAAAAUACGAUGGAAUACAAUUAUGCGCUACUUCUGUACGUUAAAAGUACGUCAAAUUAUACGUAAACCUGUUAAAAUUUAGCACAUUACAGAUUUUAAAUAAGUGCCUAUACAUGCCUGAUAGCAAAAUUGAAACUUGAAAAUGUUAUAAUUUGGUUUGCUAUGAGUACAAUGUAUUUUUUUGUAUGAAAAAAGCUUUACUUAAUAAUUGUUAUUUACUAAAAAUGCUUCCUAUUUAUGGCAUAUACAAUUUACUCUAAUUUAAGUUUUUAAUAUCAUUUGCUAUUUGAUAUAUGAGCGGCCAAGAUACUCAAAUAUGUAUAUCUAAACAUACACUCGAAGACCUAGAUAAUAGAGAUAUUUUCAUAUAUUAUUGACUAUCUUGGGCGCACAAAUAUAUCUGACAGUAAAAUGUACUUUUAGCUGCUUUCUACGCCAUAUAUCUAAUCAUAUAAUAAGUUUUGUUUUAUAUGUUUUAGUUACUGUACUUUAUUAACAUUAUCUUAAUUGUUCAUUCAGUUUGACCGGUGACAGGAAUUAUAUUAAAAUACAUGAUAUAAGAACUGUGUAUCACACGCCAACAUCUUUGUUUAACGAGUAUCACGACAUAUUAUGAAUACGGCUCAACUAAGCAUUUUUGCUUCAUACCGGGAAAACUAAAAGCUGAAAAUUAGCUGAAGUGAAUAAUAUAUAUUAUGGUAAUUCAGUAUGUUUCACAAAACAUAUUAAUUAAGUACAGAAUAUAAAAAUAAUAAAGUUGUCAAUAGAAUUGGUCAAAAACGUAAAUAAAUAAACGUAAUACUCGCAAUACAUAUACGUAAAUUUAAAAUCGAACGUUAACUAAACAUGAAUGUAAAAUUCAUCAA